AUGUCUCCCGCCGAAAGUCCUGCCGACGCCGUCAUUCUGUUAAGCUCUACUCUUGAUCAGGUCCAGAAAUAUGUCAUUUCCGCCUUUGCUGCCAUUGUCUGGUACAACGCUAUUGAGUUGGUGAUACUUUGCCUAACUACCUUUAAGCGAUACCGGAGCACCUACUUUUGGAGUUUGCUGAUCGCCUCCUCUAGCCUCAUCCCACACGGCCUAGGCUUUAUCUUCUUUCUUUUCUCCCUGGGCAUUUCUCCAUAUAUUGCCGUUACUCUGAUCAUUGUGAGCUGGUAUUGUAUGGUAACUGGCCAUUCAUUUGUGCUAUGGUCGCGACUACAUCUUAUCCUGCAAUCACCAAAACUGCUUCGCGCCAUUCUUAUAAUGAUUAUCGUUAACGCUAUCCUUUUCCAUAUUCCCACUACUGUUCUAUUAUUUGGGUCUCUGUCAUCCCGGCCAUCUCAUCCGAACCAUUUCGCCGCGGGGUAUAACGUCAUGGAACGUAUCCAGCUCGUGGGUUUUGCGGUUCAGGAAUUCAUUAUUUCAGCCGUAUAUGUGUGGGAGACGACUAAGAUGCUCCGUCUUCGGCCCGAUCGAUUUCAUCGUGGUAUCCUUCUCCAACUACUUAUCAUCAAUAUUAUUAUCCUCGUUCUGGACGUGGCAGUCGUGGGCACUGAGUAUGCCGGGUACUACGCUCUCCAAGUGAUGUUCAAGCCGGUAGCAUAUAGCGUCAAGUUCAAACUGGAAUAUUCCAUUCUUGGUAGUUUGGUCCAGAUCGCCAGGAGUCCAACUUCCAACCCGGAACAAUUGUCGUCCAGUUUUCUUGGGUAUAAUUUUAUUUCUUCUGGUCGAAAUGGCUCUGGCAGAAAUAGUGCGGCUGGCGCUGAUGCUCAACAAAUGACGAUGCAGGCAUAA